ACCCACCGCAUCCAUUCGCGUUGCAUCUGAAUUCACGAUACGCCGACACAAGCAGAGUCCAGUCUCAGUGAUAGUGUAGCUAAGACGAGCAGAAAUGGCUGAUGAAUUGAUUCUCUUGGAUUUCUGGCCAAGUCCUUUUGGGAUGAGAGUCAGAAUAGCAUUGGCUGAGAAGGGUGUCAAAUAUGAGUACAGAGACGAGGACUUGAGGAACAAGAGCCCUCUUCUUUUGCAGAUGAACCCAAUCCACAAGAAGAUUCCUGUUCUCAUCCACAAAGGAAAAUCCAUCUGUGAGUCCCUUAUUGCUGUCCAGUAUGUUGAUGAAGCGUGGCACGAUAAGUCUCCUCUCUUGCCCUCCGAUCCUUACCAGAGAGCCCAGGCUAGGUUCUGGGCUGAUUUUGUCGACAAGAAGAUAUAUGAUAUUGGGAGGAAGGUAUGGACUACAAAAGGAGAAGAGCAGGAGGCAGCCAAGAAAGAAUUCAUCGAGGCCCUUAAGUUGUUGGAAGGUGAGCUUGGAAACAAGCCUUAUUUUGGUGGGGAAAACAUUGGAUAUGUGGAUGUUGCAUUGGUACCAUUUUAUUCUUGGUUUUAUGCCUAUGAAACCUUUGGAAACUUCAGCAUAGAGGCUGAAUGUCCUGUGCUGAUAGCUUGGGCUAAGAGGUGCCUGCAGAAAGAGUCUAUAUCUAAGGCCCUUCCUGACCCAAAAAUGGUCUAUGACUUUAUCCUGAUGCUGAAACAGAAAUUAGGCAUAUAGUUUCCAGUUUCUAUGUUGAGUGUGCUUUGUUUAUUUAAAUAAUUGGCAAAGUGUAGCUUAGCUGUGCCUUUGCUUGGUGUUUAGGGUGAAAGGAAUCAUGCUUGUCCGGUUAAGAGGGUCACUUAGUUGUGCCUUGUAUUCUGCAAGUUUCUUUAUUUCCAUAUAAGGUAUUGUGGGGAAUUUGCAUUUUCUUGCUCCUCCUCUUCUCAGCAAA